ACACCUGACUAUUGUGAUUUUUUUAUCUCCACCCCCCGCCAACACACACACUGCCUUCGCCCAGUGAGAUUAAGUUCUGUCACCCCUUCUUAGAGAUGAAAAUGAGAAGGCAGGCAGGUAUGUAAGAUCACAGAUAAGCUGGUGACCCUCAUCAAGUUCUUUAUACACCUUGUGUGUGGGCUUGGAGUUGGGUGUGAGGUACGCCAGCUCCCAGAGCGGUUCUGGAAGCCUGUGCCCCCCACACCCACCACUUUCUUCUGCCUUGGACUUCCUGGAAUGUGCUGCAGAAACCGUGUGGGUGGAAGUGGUCACAGCCCUCAAGUCACAGGCCCUGCUGAGAUGGGGCCCAGCUGGCUUCUCUGGACAGUGGUGGGAACAGUGCUGCUUCUGACUCGGGCUGCUCCACUGGAAGCCUCCCGCUUCUGUGGUCACCUUGAGUUCUGGAACUCUAACAAGAGGUGCUGCAGCAGCUGCCUGCAACGCUUUGGGCCUCCUGCAUGUCCUGCAGAUUACGAGUUUGUGGAGAACUGCGGGCUCAAUGACUUCGGCGAUACUGUAGCACAUCCUUUCAAAGAGUGUUCCCCUGGGUAUUGCAACCCCAAUGGCACAGAGCUGUGUAGCCAGUGUAACAGCGGAGCCACAGCACCCACUCACAUGGAGAGCCCCAGAAGAACCCACAAGCAUUGUAGAAAGAAGCCCAUCCCUCCCAAGGAGGUCUGUCCUCUUAAACCUGAAGAAGCAGGCGUCUCUAGCUCACCGGGGAGGUGGAGCCUCAGGCAGACAACCCAGAAUGAGGUCUCCAGCAGACGGGCUUUUGUCCCACCGUCAGUGCUGCCCCUGGCAGUGCUGCCAUUGUUCCUGGUGCUGCUUCUGAUACUGGCAGUGGUCUUGCUCUCUUUGUUCAAGAGGAAAGUCCAUUCCCAUCCUUGUUCCAGUUUGGCUUUUGGAGACCCCAGUACCUCUGUACACUGGCCCUGCCCAGGUUCUCUGGAGGGAUUGGGAAGUGGAAACAGAGGGAAGACAUCUCUGCUGCAGCUCUCAAGCUGGGAGUUUCAGAGUCUGGCCUCUCAGCCCCUCUCUCGCCUGCUGGAUGAGUUGGAAGUUCUGGAGGAGCUGAUUAUGCUACUGGACCCUGAGCCUGGGCCUAGCGGGAGCAUGGCUUAUGGUACCACACGACACUUAGCUGCAAGAUAUGGGCUGCCUGCCACCUGGUCUACCUUCGUCUACUCACUGCGGCCCAACCGUUCACCCCUCAGGGCGCUGAUUGAGAUGGUGGUGGCAAGGGAGCCAUCUGCUACUCUGGGCCAACUUGGCAUGUACCUGGCCCAGCUCGGUCGCACAGAUGCACUGCAGGUGCUGUCCAAACUUGGCUGAGUCAGUAUGCUGGAGCUUACUACACUAUCAAUAAAGUUUCUCUCAAAGCGAA